CGCCGCCGCCCCGAGCACCCGCAGCUCCCGCGCCACCGCGAGACAGGAGGAGAACCCACCCACCGACGGACCCUCGCAGCAGCGGCAUCCCGAAGGAGAACAUGCUUGCCAAUUCAGCCAGCGUACGGAUUCUCAUCAAGGGAGGCAAGGUUGUGAAUGAUGACUGCACCCACGAGGCUGAUGUCUACAUUGAGAAUGGCAUCAUCCAGCAGGUGGGCCGUGAGCUCAUGAUCCCUGGAGGGGCCAAGGUGAUUGAUGCCACCGGGAAACUGGUGAUCCCUGGAGGCAUUGACACCAGCACCCACUUCCACCAGACCUUCAUGAAUGCUACGUGCGUGGAUGACUUCUACAAUGGGACCAAGGCAGCACUGGUUGGGGGUACCACCAUGAUCAUUGGCCACGUCCUGCCUGACAAGGAGACCUCCCUUGUGGAUGCCUAUGAGAAGUGCCGGGGUCUGGCUGACCCCAAAGUCUGCUGUGACUACGCCCUCCACGUGGGGAUCACCUGGUGGGCACCCAAGGUGAAGGUGGAAAUGGAGACCCUGGUGAGGGAGAAGGGUGUCAACUCAUUCCAGAUGUUCAUGACCUACAAGGACUUGUAUAUGCUUCGGGACAGCGAGCUGUACCAAGUGUUCCAUGCUUGCAAGGAUAUUGGGGCGAUCGCUCGAGUCCAUGCUGAAAACGGGGAGCUUGUGGCUGAGGGCGCUAAGGAGGCGCUAGAUCUGGGUAUCACAGGCCCUGAAGGAAUUGAGAUCAGCCGUCCAGAGGAGCUGGAAGCUGAAGCCACUCAUCGAGUUAUCACCAUUGCAAACAGGACUCACUGUCCAAUCUACCUGGUCAAUGUGUCCAGCAUCUCGGCCGGUGACGUUAUCGCCACUGCUAAGAUGCAAGGGAAGGUUGUGCUGGCCGAGACCACCACUGCACAUGCCACGCUGACAGGCUUACACUACUACCACCAGGACUGGUCCCACGCGGCCGCCUACGUCACGGUGCCUCCCCUGAGACUGGACACCAACACCUCAACCUACCUCAUGAGCCUGCUGGCCAAUGAUACUCUGAAUAUUGUGGCAUCAGAUCACCGGCCUUUCACCACGAAGCAGAAAGCUAUGGGCAAGGAGGACUUCACCAAAAUCCCACACGGCGUGACGGGUGUGCAGGACCGCAUGAGUGUCAUCUGGGAGAGAGGAGUGGUUGGAGGAAAGAUGGAUGAGAACCGUUUUGUGGCUGUUACCAGCUCCAACGCAGCGAAGAUUCUCAACCUGUAUCCCUGCAAAGGCCGCAUCAUCCCUGGAGCCGAUGCCGACGUGGUGGUGUGGGACCCAGAAGCCACAAAGACCAUCUCGGCCAGCACCCAGGUGCAGGGAGGAGACUUCAACCUGUAUGAGAAUAUGCGCUGCCAUGGUGUCCCGCUGGUCACCAUCAGUCGGGGACGGGUCGUGUACGAGAAUGGUGUCUUCAUGUGUGCUGAAGGCACUGGCAAGUUCUGUCCCCUGAGGUCCUUCCCAGACACUGUCUACAAGAAGCUGGUCCAGAGAGAAAAGACCUUAAAGGUUAGGGGAGUGGACCGCACUCCCUACCUGGGGGAUGUAGCUGUUGUUGUGCAUCCUGGGAAAAAAGAGAUGGGAACUCCGCUGGCAGACACUCCUACCCGGCCUGUUACCCGACACGGGGGCAUGAGGGACCUUCAUGAAUCCAGCUUCAGCCUCUCUGGUUCUCAGAUCGAUGACCAUGUUCCAAAGCGAGCCUCAGCUCGGAUCCUCGCUCCCCCCGGAGGCAGGUCGAGCGGCAUUUGGUAAAGUCACCGACCAGCCCCCCAAGUGAAGAGGCAUCGCUGCCACCAGCCCGCACACCCUCCAGCCACAGCUGCAGGGGGCGGGAGAGUCUGGGCUGGGCAGCACACCACCUGAGGGGGCCACGGGACCCGGGGAGCCCUCCCCAUGUCUGACACGUGAUUCACUGUGCUUCGAGCCAACCCUAACAGGCACUUUGAGUUGUGUUCCUCCUGCUGCAGUCCUUUCCUGCCUUGGCCUUGGUGGGCUUUUCUGGGGCCCAGGAAGCCCAUACUAUGCACAGAGCCCAAUGCAUAGAGCCUGGCCCAGCCCCUCCUCUCACACCCGUCUCCACAUACUGGCCUUGGGAAAGCCUCGACUUUAGUGCCCUGCCCCUGGCUGACUGCCAGUUGUCCAGAGCACUUUAGCAAAUAUGUUUUAAAAGCAAAGGACUCCCUCUCCCAUCCCCUUCGGCCCGGUGGUCACUUUUCCCAAGUCAGACAGGUGUUAGCAUCCCAGCCAUGCCCAGAACGCCCCGUUUUUCCCAGCUCACCUCUGGCCCUUGUGUGGGUGUGGCUGGGACACUCUGCGCCCUUUGCUGGCUGCUUCCUCCCUGCCCCCCGGGAGUCCCAGGCCCAGAAGGGCUAGCUGGGUGGGCAUGAGGCUGGUGCCAGGCGCGUGUACAUGAUUUCGUUUUGCACGUUUGGUUUGCGCAGUGGUUUGGUUUGACUUGUUUGUGCAUCCUGUGAAAAAUGAUGGUGCUUCGUGUCACUAGCAUAGCAUAGAAACAGGAGUAGAUGUGGACCUUAGGAGAUGCUGCAUCGACACCAACCAGACAGCCUAGGGCACAGAUGAAGGGGGCAAGAGGGGGACACUGGACUCAGGGGCCCUUCUCCCAACCUGGAGUCUUCCAGUCCCCUCCUCUCCCCUCCUGGUCUAGUUUCAUGCAUCUGAGAGGGUGCCCAGGAUGCUGGCCCUGGAAAGCUUCAGGAGCGGGGUGGCUCUUCCCAUCUCACUCCCAGAACUAACCCAGCUGCCUGUAAGCUUCCCCCUGCUGGACAGAGGCCCAGCUGCUCCUCCUGUGUGAUUGGCUAGAGGCCUCAUGCCUGCUAAGAGAGGGGGAGCGAUUAGGAGCAAUGGGCUAGCUAGACGCUCGGUAGGAGCCCAGACCAGUGAGACCUGGCUGUAGAGCCCAAAAGACCCCCUUGCUGCAUAGGAGCUGGGGUCUCCUGUGGUUAGCACCUGGCCCUUCCCUGCCUGUGGGCUGCAUGUCCUCCCACGUCCAGUUGGGCACCCCUGCCUCAAAGCUCCAGGAGGUUUCCGUGGAAACACCAGAGGGGAUGUCAUGUUGCGUGUUUGGUUCAAGAACCGGGCUUACACAUGGCUCCUGGACUCUUGGGCCGGUAGUUGUACCCUGCACAUUUCUGCUGUGCUUUUCAGGUUUUCAAAGCCUUUCCAUAUAUGAGCUCUCAGUUGCUCCUCAUGACAACAUAGCACGUAUUAUUCUCCCCAUUUCACAGAUGUGGCCCGGAAAGCUUAGGCCUUCUGACUCCAGAAAUGUCCAGGACUGCCCUUAAGAGCUUGGGCGUCUACCCCAGCUGUGGAAAGGAGGCAUGAAGUGAUGUCUCCUGUAGAUCCCACCUGAGCAUUUGACCAACUAGAAGACUUACUCCCCCCCCCAGCAGGCAUUCUGCUUCAUUUUGCACAAGUAGAUUUUUCUUGUAAACAAACUAAUGCAUAUUCACUGUUUGAGCCAGAACUAGUUAAAUGUUGGAGGCUUGCCAUGUGUUUGAGCUGCCUCCACAUCUUCACUUCUCCUUUCAUGCUCCUCUUCCUCAGUUAGAGGCCAAGAGGACACAGACGGUCACCCAGGGAGCAGAGGCAGCAAAGGCACUCGUGGAGGGUGGUGGCCAUGGGGACAGUCGAUAGGGAUCUGAGCCCGGGAAAUGUGAUGCUGACCCCUUGGUACAAUGCACAUCAUCUUUCUCCCUUUCAGCCCUUGCUGGGUCAUGGGCCUUGGGCAGAUGCCAAAGAGCUGAGCAGUGGUAGUGGCCAGCGGGCACUGCAUCCCUGCUUGGGCUAGGAAAGCUUUACUUUCUCUGAGUGCCUCUGCUGGAGAGAUGCAUGGUCCGUGGCUCUGGGAAACCACAUCUUGAUGUGGUCCAUCGAAGGCCUUCCACUUCAUUCACCCCCGAUCCUUACAUAGACCCCUACCCUUGUCCAGGAGCUUCUAGAUGAAAAGCAGAAGGAGGUUCAAGGAACCAAAUGAACGGUCAGCCCCCACCACCCAUUCCCUGCCCCUGUGCAGAGCACCAGCCAGCACCAUCGCCAGCCCCAUAAGCUCCUGGUUGGAAUGAGAAGGGUCUCUGGUUGCACUGAAUGCAGCUCUCAAACUGGUCUUGUACUUGCUGAAUAAAUACUGUUGUUCUUGCCUUAGCUGCUCUCUAGGUUUGUGGGGUUAAGUUUCCAGAAAAUUGUGCUACCGUGUGUGCGUGUGUGUGUGCGUGUGUGUAGUGCUAGGAGUCCACAGUAGGUCUCAGUCCAGCCAAUGCCACGAUCAGGGCUUUUCCAAUACUGACCCAGAAACCACAGAACCACACGGAAACCCAAACCCCCUCCAGCGGCCCAGGUGGCAGGCACAGCCUGGAGUCGGGAUGGAGCCUCCAGCACCCAAGUGACUUCCUCACUCCUCUGUAAAUGUCAUGGUGCUAAGAUUGUGUCAGCCCCCAGAAGACACAUGGUCCUGUGCUUUGGCCACCCGAUUGAGGCAAAAACAAAACAGCCCGACUCGUUGUGUUCUGGUGCAGGUUUGUAUUAAACUGUAGCUACUUCUCA